GGUGAUGCACCUGCCAUUAAAAAGAAGACGAGAUAUCAGCGUCAGCCGGCAGCAUUUCCACGGUCUGACGCUCAGUGAAUAUCUUAAAAAUGAAACGCAGUUAGUUAUCUUGCUGGUGAAAUGACAGAUUGAAGAGAGAGAAAGUACGGACAGAUGUUUGAACGAUGUCAUUACGGAGAUUGUUAACUUGUGGAAAAUAUUCCGAGAGGGACAAAAUACCUCCGGGUCUGGAUUUCCCCCCAGAAGCUGAUGAUGAGAAACACCUGUUUCAAAGGACCAAAUUCAGAAUGAAUACCCACCAUGUUCUGUUCUUCUGCUUCUUAUCAGGAGCACUGUGUGAUGAAGAGAUUGGUACUCCAAGGUACGUUCAAGGUACCGAGGGAGGAAGUAUCAGAGUUGGCUGCUCCUUUCAAUUUGUAGAAAUCGGCAGGAAGUUCUUCUGCAAGGAACAAUGCAAAGGAAAGGAUGUUCUCGUUCAAACAAUUGGUUCGCAAGCCCAGAAUGGCAGAUACAGCCUCAAAUAUACGAAGGACUCACUGAUUGUGAGCAUCACACAGCUGAUGAAGUCUGACGCAGGACGGUACAGGUGUGGAGUGAAAAGACCUGUCCUUCCAGAUUCAUACAAGGAGUUUGAAGUCGCUGUUACAGAUGCUACGACCGCUUUCCCUGAAACCAACCAGCAGCCUGCAGAUUUCCUCCUGGUUUUGGUUGUAUGUGUAACUGUGGUCGUGCUGUUGGCUGUUGUUCUGCUGCUCCUCUACAAAAAAAAGAGGAAGGACUCUGAUGGUUCGAACAAGAAGGGAAACUCAGAGCGCACCAGGACUGAGAUUGUCCCCUACGAGAACAGUCCUCCAGUCUCCACAUGUAAAGACUCCACCUACCAGAGCCUUGAUCCAGCCAGCAGGGAUUUGGACCAAAUCUACUGUACUCUCACUCAGAUACAACCCAAAUGAUACUGUCUGGAUUUAGAAUCGGCGAGAGUUGUCUGGUGAAUGCACACCAAGGCCGAGGUGCUGGUCAUGGCAAUGACGUAUAGUGAAGAAAAGAUGGCCGCACAUAAAGCUCUAAUGAUUUUUAUUGUCUUUCUCAAGGCUCAAGUUCUUACUUGUUACUUCUUCACUAUCUGGAUUUAGAUUGGAUUCUUCCACUGCAGGUUAAUGUUGCAACUCUAGGGCAUAAUACGAUUUGAAACAUCACUUAAUUCUCCACUUUAAAGCCUUAUUCUGUAUUUCACUUGUGCAUAAAUAAAUAAAAUAAAGAGUUGAGUUGUUCUUCUGGUA